GAGAGAGAGAGAGCGAGCAAAAACAGAGCAUAUGCCUGCGCCUGGAUGUUUCUCUCGCACCAAGGAAAGUAAAGUUCCUUGCUCUGUCCUCAAAACAAAACCCAAAUCUUCUUCUCAUUUCUUCUUCCAUCUUUCAAAUUCAAUGGAUCGCCCACUACUUCUCGCCACUCUUUUCACUCUCCUCCUCCUCCCAGAUGUUCAAUCCACGUCUUUCAAGUUGGUAAACAAGUGCCGGACCACGAUUUGGCCGGGUCUCUUGUCCGGCGCCGGCACGGCCCAGCUCCCGACCACCGGCUUCUCUCUGCGCAGCGGCAAAUCCAGGAUCGUUCCGCUCCCCAAAUCUUGGUCGGGUCGGUUAUGGGGUCGGACCCUCUGCGGGAUGGAUUCCGAUGGGAAGUUCUCUUGCCUGACCGGCGAUUGUGGGUCGGGAAAAGUUGAGUGCGCCGGCGGGGGCGCGAAGCCGCCGGCCACGUUGGCGGAGUUCACGCUGAACGGCGCCGAUGGGCUUGAUUUCUACGACGUCAGCUUGGUGGACGGCUACAAUCUUCCGAUGCUGAUCGUCGCCAAAGGAGGGACGAGAGGCGGUUGUGCCGCCACCGGGUGCUUGGUGGACUUGAACGGAGCGUGCCCGACGGAGCUCCGGGUAGCGCGUGCUGGUGGGGGAAGGAGUGUGGCGUGUAGAAGCGCGUGUGAGGCAUUCAACGCUCCGCAAUUUUGUUGCAGCGACGCGUUCUCUACGCCCGACACGUGUCGACCUUCGGUAUAUUCGGAGUUCUUCAAACAUGCGUGCCCACGCGCGUAUAGCUACGCGUACGAUGACAAAACCAGCACCUUCACCUGCGCCUCCGCCGAUUACCUGAUUAUAUUUUGCCCGCUGCCUUACACCAGCCAGAAAGUGUUGAGUGCACGGAAAGACGGGGCAGCGUUACCGCUGGUGAACAAGACGAUGAUGUACCUGAGAAGCCGAAGAGCGAGCGGGGUUCUAUCUACAGGUUUAGUGCAAUACUAAUGCUUAUAACCCAACCAAACUCUGCUGCCUCUACUGGCCAUCUUUUACAGCCCCCCUCUGUUACUGACGUUGGCCUUCCCUGUAAUUUUCAGGCAGAUAGUUUCGAAACGAAUCAUCGACAAAGAGGUAAGUUAUGGUCGUCAUCUCUUGUCCCUCCGGCGACUUCCUAGAUGAGACAUUGUGUAUCGAAUUGAAUAUAGCGGAGUUAGCAGCCAUAUAUUAGCCACCAUACUCAAAAUUUCAAAGCUUUUGUGUACAUAGUUCAAAACAUGUCAUUGUUUUGGAAAAUUCAGCUGAGUAGCAUUCAAUUUUUGUUCUGUUUUGUCGAGGAUUUUGCAGUGGUCUUGUUUAAUUCCCCAAAUCUUGUUAGUUAGAGACACAGACAGAAUAAAAUGUUGAAAACAAAA